AUGGACCCCAGGGGCAUCUUGAAGGCAUUUCCCAAACGGAAGAAAAGCCUUGCCAAUCCGUCAUCAAAAGCACUUGCAAAGAUUCCCAAGAGGGAAGACGAAGAAGAAGAAGAAGCAAGAGAGUGGCUGAGCUCCCUACGGGCCCAUGUCGUGCCCACUGGCAUUGGGCGAGCCCGGGCAGAACUCUUUGAGAAGCAGAUUGUCCAACACGGUGGCCAGAUAUGCUCUGCCCAGGCCCCAGGGGUCACUCACAUCGUGGUGGAUGACGGCAUGGACUGUGAGCGAGCCCUUCGCCUCCUUAGACUGCCCCGGCUGCCCCCCGGUGCCCAGCUGGUAAAGUCGGCCUGGCUGAGCUUGUGCCUGCAGGAGAGAAGGCUGGUGGACACGGCAGGAUUCAGCAUCUUCAUCCCCACCAGGUACCUGGACCAACCACAGCUCAGUGAGGCAGACCGAGACUCUUCUACCAAAGCCUGUGAGGCUCUGCUCACCACACCCCUCUCUCCUCCCCCUCCUCCCACUAGACCCGUGUCUCCUCCCCAGAGGAUAGAGGAAGCUCCAAACGCCUCAGCCCAGCCUGCCUCUGAUGAUGACACCAGUGACGGGGAAGAGACCCAAGUGAGCGCAGCUGAUUUGGAAGCCCUGAUCAGUGGCCGCUACCCCAGCCCCGCUGAGGGCGAUGGGGAGCCUAGCCCAGCCCCCGAGGGUCUGAAUAAGUGGGUCUGUGCACAGCCUUCAAGUCAAAAGGCGACCAACCACAACGCCCACAUCACAGAGAAGCUGGACGUGCUAGCCAAAGCCUACGAAGUCCAGGGAGACAAGUGGAGGGCCCUGGGCUACGCCAAGGCCAUCAACGCCCUCAAGAGCUUCCACAAGCCUGUCACCUCCUACCAGGAAGCCUGCAGCAUCCCUGGGAUCGGGAAGCGGAUGGCCGAGAAGGUCAUAGAGAUUCUAGAGAGCGGGCACCUGCGGAAGCUGGACCACAUCAGCGACAGCGUGCCCGUCUUGGAACUCUUCUCCAAUAUCUGGGGAGCUGGGACCAAGACCGCCCAGAUGUGGUACCAACAGGGUUUCCGGAGCUUAGAAGACAUUCGCAAGGAGGCCUCCCUGACUGCCCAGCAGGCCACUGGCCUGAAGCAUUACGAUGACUUUCUGGAACGCAUGCCCAGGGAGGAGGCUGCCGAGAUUGAGCAGACAGUCCGGGAAUCGGCCCAGGCCCUCAGCCCUGGGCUGUUGUGUGUGGCCUGCGGCUCCUACCGCCGGGGGAAGGCCACCUGCGGUGACGUGGACGUGCUGCUCACUCACCCCGACGGCCGGUCUCACCGGGGCGUCUUCAGCCGCCUCCUUGACAGCCUCCGGCAGCGAGGGUUCCUGACGGAUGACUUGGUGAGCCAGGAGGAGAACGGUCAGCAGCAGAAGUACCUGGGCGUGUGCCGGCUCCCAGGACCAGGGCGCCGGCACCGACGACUGGACAUCAUCGUUGUGCCCUACGGCGAGUUCGCGUGCGCCCUGCUCUACUUCACCGGCUCUGCCCACUUCAACCGCUCCAUGCGGGCUCUGGCCAAGACCAAGGGCAUGAGCUUGUCGGAGCACGCCCUCAGCUCCGCUGUGGUGCGGGACGCCCGAGGCCUCAAGGUGGGGGCUGGCCGAGUGCUGCCCACCCCGACCGAGAAGGACGUCUUCAGGCUCCUGGGCCUGCCCUACCGAGAGCCCGCUGAGCGGGACUGGUGA